CCGUCAACAGCCGUGCAGCUCCUCACCUCUCCUUCCACGCUGCGACCGCUUUCGUCGGCUUUUAAUGACACGAGCGUCCGCGGGGAAGUGAGUGCGAGCCUCUGCCGUCAGUGUCGCGUCAUCGCUCGGAGCCAGGAGAGAUGGCGAAGAAGACUUCAUCCAGAAAGUCUCUGAAAAGUUUGUUCUCCCGCAGCGAGGCCAACCUGGACGCGUCGCCGGUGAAGGAUGUGAGCAAAGCCGAGAAAGAGAAGAAGAAAUUCAAGUUGUUUAAGUUUAAGACGAAGUCGAAGAACGUCAAUGCGGCGGGGAACGAAAGCCUGGAGGCGCUGGGUAAUGCUGAGCCCAACCACACAGCUGAGGAUGGAGAAGCCUGGGAUGCCGACAAGAGGACCUCUCUCUAUGCCACCACAUCCAGGUCAAAGGGCAAAGAAAUCAGCUAUUCAGAGAUGGACCUCCGUAAGCCCAAAAGGUUUGCCACAUUUUCCUUUGGUUUUAAAAAGAAGAAGAGGAGUAAUGGAGACACUAUGUCUAAGAGCCUGCACGGACUCCACAACUCAGAUAUUGAUGAAGAUGACGAGGCUACGAUGGAUCUCAGUCAGGUGGAGCUGGAUCAAGGGGACGUAAGGGCCAUGUUCAGUAUGUCUCAACCGGAACUUGACAAGAUCCAUAAAUUUGACAUCCCGUCUCCUCCCCCUGUGGACACAAACCCUUUCGACUCAUACUUUGCUGUGUCCGACCAGUCAGAGUCAAAUGUCACGACGGACGCACCGAUGGAACCAGAGCAGCCUCCAGGUGACUCUCAUUCCUUAGAAAUACCAACAACAACCGUCCAUUCCAUUCCGGAGUUCCAGUUAAAUGACGACAACGUCAGCAUUCCUGUUCAUGAUAACAUGUCCAAAGGUGAUGCAGAGAGUAUUUAUCUUGCUGAUAACAAGGCUACACCCAGUCUCCCAGCUACCCAGCCUCCAGUCAUGCUUCACACCACGGAUCACAAAGCAGCAACAGCAGCAGCUGAUUCAGGCUUCUCAAGAAAUGGCCUUUGUGAUAAUGAUACUCUCCAGCAGCCUUACACAAAAACAAACAUCUCUCCUACUGAAUCCACUGGUGUUACAUUAACUGGCACAGCUGGAAGCACAGCUCCAAGUGGGGAACUCUCCCUGAGAAGUGCUGACUCACUAACAGAGUCGUCCGCCACUCCUCGAGCUGAGAGUGUCACCGCCACUUUGAGCACAGCUCCUGCUACCUUCCAUGAAGAUGUCUCCAGAUCUGCUCGAGAAAUGACCAAAAGUGUCCCCACAACUUCGGCUAAAAGGAGCGAGAAGAGUCCCCGACUUUACAGUGAGAAUGUGGUUUAUGGAGCGUUGUACGACUCACUUUUCCCUCAGAGCUUCUCCUCCGAGGGGAUCUCGUCCAUCUCAAAUUCACCGCCUCAAAACUACACCAAAAGUAGUCAUUUGAGCACCAAGUCGGAGGCCAUCAUGGGUAAAACCUCGAAUGAAAGUCACUCAGAAAUCAACGUCUCGUAUUCUCACCUGUCAUCUUCACAAAUCGGCACUCAAAGUAGUCUUCCAAGCCCCAAGUCCCCGCCCGUCAUGGUCAAAACCCUAAACGAAGGUACCUCAGAAACUAACGUCUCGUACUCUUGGCCGUCAUCUUCAUACGACAACGAAAGUAGCCUUCUGAGCCCAAAGUCCCAGCCUGUCAUGGUCAAAACCCUAAAUGAAUGUAACACAGAAACCAAUGUCUCGUACUCUAACUUGUCAUCUUCAUGUGACAAUAAUGGCAAAACGGAUUUUGCAGAGAGAACUUUCUCAAACACUCAAUCAGGCACUCAAAGUAGUCUUCCGAGCCCAAAGUCUGAGCCCGUCACAGUCAAAACCCUAAAUGAAUGUCACUCAGAAACGAACGCCUCGUACUCUCGCCUGUCGCCUUCACGUGAUAUUGAUGGUAGAAUUGAUUUUGCAGAGAGUACUUUCUCAAACCCUCCGACUCCCACCCAAAGUAGCCUUCUGAGCCCCAAGUACCAGCCCGUCACGGUCAAAACCCUAAACGAAGGUACCUCAGAAACGAACGUCUCGUACUCUGUCUCGUCAUCUUCACGUGACACCGACAGUAGCCUUCUGAGCCCCAAGUACCAGCCCGUCACGGUCAAAACCUUUAACGAAUGUAACACAGAAACAAAUGUCUCAUACUCAAACUUGUCAUAUUCUCCUGACAUUGAUUCUCCCUUUUCCCAAACCUUGACUCCUACUGACUUUCAAACAGACAUCCACUACAGUUACCUCCCUUCCUCUCCACGUUCACCUGCUGAACCAGUUGCUAAAAACAUUCCUUACCCUGAGUUGACUCAUUCGGAUGCAGAAUCAGACAAUUACAGCACUUUUGUCAGGUCAGUUCCUGUGCUUCAAAGCUCUGCCCCUCCCAGUCCUGACUAUGCAGCAUCCCAUGGGACAGAUACUCAGGUUACUGACACCAAACAGAGAGUGAUCCUGGUCAAAGAGUUAGUCACUGACGAAGCGAGCACAGACUCUGUCUGUCCCUCUCCUGCGCUGGAGAAAAUGAGCGUAGUCAAGAAUCUGGAGCUGACAAUCGAAGACCCGGAGACCUUUUAUGUUGCUCCUGGUUCUGUGCUGUCAGAGGAAAGUGAAGGGCCCUUGAGCCCGGCAUAUCUGAGCGUGGGGUCAGACGAUGGCAGCACCAUGGAGGUGUACUACAGCGCGGAGGAGGACAACACGGAUGAGAGCGGGGAAGAAGAGAUUCACACGGUGGAGGAAAGAGAGGACGUCUGUGUGGUGAAAGAGAUGGAGUGGAGGGCAGGUGGAGCGAAGAGUCAGGAAGAUGAGGGCGAUGUGAGGGUGGUGAUUGUGAAAAUGCUGAAUGACGCAGGAAACGUGGGCCGAGGCGAAGAUUUCGGCGGGACAGUGGAAAGUCGACCCCAGGAAACGCUCAUGUCACACUUUCUUGUGAGCAGUGAUGCAAAGUGGCAGGAGAGAGAAGGAGCAAGCAGAGCGUUGCCACAGAUUAAAGAGGAGGAGGAGGAGGAGGAGGAGUUACUGGCCACACCGGUUCGGCUGGUGAACUCACUCAAGGUAUGCGAGAAAGCUCCACCCUCCAGUGAGCAGCAUGUGCAGGGGGAGUGGUCACACAGAAACUGGACCAUGGACUCAGAAACAGAAGGCCACCUUCAUGGGGGGGAGCAGCUCCCGAGUCAGGAGACAGACUGUCUGUCUGACAAACAUCAUUCUGAGUACAUGCAUCCUGCUUCAAGUAACACAAAAGAGGACAGUGAGACGAAUCCCACGUCUACAGAGACAGAGAAGCCAUUUCAAAGCGCAGAAAGCGUUGAAUCCAAGAGUAACACGGUCACAGAUACGUCUGUAACUGAAGCACGGGUCGUCACGGGCUUUUCAACACACAACACUGAGCUGCAAUCAGAUGCCACAGAGAUUGGAGACAAUAGGGCCCCGCAGAGUAGUGAGUGGGUGGAUACAAUUUCUCAGAGUGCAGACGGAGGGAGGACACUGCACGAGCAGGUGACAGUCGAGUUGUCAAGCCUUGUAACUGCAGACACUGACACACUGCAGCCUCAGCCUGAGAGUCAGCGUGAGGGCACUUCUUCCUCCGAGAGACACAAGCUUCCGGCGCAAGUCCAGCCCAACCUGCAGCCAGGGUCCUCGACAGAUUCUAGGAGCGACUCGGCAGCUUCGGGAGGUCGGCAGACAAAAGCCGACCAGGAAUCGGUGACCAAGAUGAGUUCAGGCUACAGCAGCCUGAGCACCAAACUGACCAUAAAGACCUCCUCUCCGCCUAAAGAGGAUGAAUUCAAACAGCGUUUCCACAGAGUGUCUCUGAUCCCUGAGGCUGGCAGCCGGGACAUGGUGGACUUCAGCGGGACAAGUGCCGAGUCAAAUGGAACAGUUGAGGGAUCAGAGUACAGGUGGAGGAAUAGGUUCGACGAGGCUUCUCAGUACAGACCGUACAAUGAGGAGGAUUCCUCAGACUCUCCGUCUUACAGAACCUCCUCUUUUACCUCCUCUACAUCCUCCUCCUCUCUCCCCGGGGCUACAUCGUACAGCAGCCUGCUUAACUCCGACAGGCUGAGUGACGAGACCAGAGUUUAUGUGAGCCAUGAGAGUGAGACAGCGGGGGAGCAGCCACUCGGCGAGUGGAGGAGGAGGAGCCUGGUGGAGCAGGAGGAGCCUGCUGCACCUGCAGGUGUAAGAGAGGAGAGAGGGAUAGAGUCAGAGUCAGAGUGGAUCAAGUCACGCUGGGACUCACAGGAGCAGCCAGCGUCUCUUCACACCGACACUGUCAGAGCAGACGACGACGACAACGAGUCAUCUCAGUUUACUGGACUGUUCAAGGCCACACUCGUGCAGCUGGUCUGCGAACCAGCAGCUCCCCCCUCCACUCCCCCUGCCUCCCCCGACGCAGACUCCUCCAACCGGUCUGAAAUGGACAGCCUGGUGGAUACGCUGAAGAACAUGGGACCCUCCUUCAGGCCCAGGGGCGUGGGCCCACGCGCAGCACCUCCGGGUCUGGUGUCCUCCCUGCCUCCCAUCGUGGAGGAUGCCUCCAGCCCCAUCAAUCCUGGUCUCCCUGCCUCCCUCACAAAAACACUGGAAACCACCGGCAGUGCCUCUGAGGCGCAGAAUGGAAUUUACACUCUGCCUCCCGACCUGGGACUGAAGAGGAGCUUCGUCAGAGACAGUCGCUCACCUCUGGAACUGAUGAAGGAGCAACAGCCAGGAGCACGAGGCCCCACUUUGCCCUUGAGAUCUUCUGCUACCAACAGUGAUGUAAUAAAGAACUCCUCUGACUCUUCCACUGAGGACGGGACAUCGGCAGAGAUGAAUGGAAACGGGGUACUCUCGCCCUCCCACACGGCCUCUCGCCUCGACAACAGCAUCAUCUUCACACGCUUCAGGUCACCGUCCUUGGAUCAAACCGGGGACAAUGACAGGGUCAGUCGCCCACUCUACCGCUCCAGCUCGCUGCCAGACACGGGGCCUUUGAGUGAACGCAUGAACGCGGGACCGAAGGAGCUCACGGAAGCCGGUGCCGGGAAAGACAUGCCUGGUUCCCGCUUUGAGCGCCUCUCCAUCCUUAUGAACUCCUCCUCCUCCUCAUCUGGCUCCUUGACCAACACUGAGGACAACGGUGCUCGCAUGAGUCGUCCUCCACAGCUCGGCUUCGGUUCCCCACCUUCCAGCAACAGCCCCACGCGCCUGCUCAGCCCCACCGGCUCCAUAGACCCUCACAGGUCGUUCACCACCACAGACUCUCCCUUGUCCAUGUUCGGCAGCGGACAGGCGAUGGGGGCGGGUUUAGGUGGUGGGUCACCGGGCACUCCUGUCCUGCAGAGGAGCUUCAGCAGUGAUGGAAGCAUAGGGGUCCAGCAGAGUCCGAUGUUCAACAGCUUCCACGGAGGGUCUCCGUUCCAGAGCAAAGAACCAGAGCCUGACAGGAAUUUAAUGUCGAAAUACAGAGCCUUCCCUGAUGCUUACCUCACUAAAGAGAAGGAGCAUGGGAAGCUCAAUCCUCGUCCUGGAAAGAUGUAUAUUUUUGACCAGCCGGGAUUCUGCGGCCAGAGGAUAGAGAUACGCAGUGAUGUCACUGAUGCUACGUGCUGGGUGCUGCAGGAGACCAUCUCCAUCAGGGUCGUCAGAGGAGGAUGGGUGCUUUAUGAGAAACCCAACUACAAGGGGGAGAAAGUCGCCCUGGACGAAGGAGACAUAGAGAUCACUAACCCCUUCAGCCCUCCAGAUGAGGAGCAGCUGCAGAACGGACAAAAGGAGGAUGAACAAAAGCAGAAUGGAGAGACCAGUGACCAGCAGACGGAGACGGCGCCACCUAGGAGGUUCAUCAUCGGCUCUCUACGCAGAGCUGUCAGGGACUACAGUGUCCCAGAAAUCAGCCUUUUCCCAGAGGAGAACGCUGAGGGGAAGAAAGUCAUCUUCAGAGACACCUCUGAUGACGCCAGGAUUUUUGGUUUCCCCAUUAAGGCCAACUCCAUCAUCAUAAAUGCCGGCCUCUGGCUUGUGUUCGCGCAGCCCUUCUUUCAGGGCGUACCACGCGUCCUGGAGGUGGGGGGUUACUCCAACCCUGCAGCCUGGGGCGUAGAACAGCCCUAUGUGGGAUCAGUGCAUCCACUCAAAAUAGGGGAGCCAAGAGUGGAAAAUGUGGGUGAACCAAAGCUGGUGAUCUUUGACAAACCAUACUUCUCCGGGAAGUCGAGGACCGUCACCACCAACAUGAGAGACUUCAUGACCAGAGUGGACAGGCAGCAGGCUGUUUUCAUGUACAACAUCGGUUCCCUUAAAGUGCAGGGAGGAAUCUGGGUCGGCUACGAGAAGGAAGGCUUCCGAGGUCACCAGUACCUGCUGGAGGAGGGGGAGUACCAGGACUGGAGGGUGUGGGGGGGCCAUGAUUCUGAGCUGCGCUCUGUCAGGCUCAUACAAGCGGACCUGACAGACCCGUUGAUGGUGAUGUUUGAACAGCUCGAGGAAGAUCAGGAAGGAAUGCAGGAGGAGAACACCUUCGAGGUGACCGAGGCCAUCCCUGACGUCGAGCUGUUCGGGUACAAAACGUCCACGCGCUCCAUCCACGUAAUCAGCGGCGCAUGGAUCGCCUACUCUCACGUGGACUUCUCAGGGAAGCAGUACAUCCUUGAGAAAGGUUUCUACAAUAACUGCGCCGACUGGGGAUCGCAGGACACUCGCAUCUGCUCGUUGCAGCCCAUCCUCCUGGCUCCACGCGACAACGUUGGUGCAAGGAAUGAGAUCAUCCUUUACUCUGAGCCAGAUCUCCAGGGCAACUGUAACAUCUUUGACCGCAACCAGCAAGUGUUGACCGAGAAAUUUGUCACCAAGUCCUGCCGAGUGGUAGGAGGAAGCUGGGUGCUCUAUGAGAAAGAACAGUAUGCUGGGGACUUGUAUGUCCUUAAUGAGGGAGAGUACCCCAAUUUGGCCAGCAUGGGGUGCCCUUCCACCUUCCCCAUCCGCUCUGUCAAGGUCGUGCCAAUGACUUUCUCAGUUCCCUCCCUCUCUCUGUUUGGCCUGGAGGGUCUGGAGGGCAGAGAGAUCACCACAGACACUGAGAUCAUCAGCAUGACCAGAGAGGGCCUCAAUAACCACAUCCUGUCUAUCAGAGUCAACAGUGGCAGUUGGGUGAUAUGUGAGCACAGCAACUACAGGGGGCGCCAGUUCGUACUGGAACCCAUUGAAAUCACCAACUGGCCAAAGUUUAGCUCACUCAAUACGAUUGGCUCGGUGUAUCCAGUCAGACAGAAACGCCACUUCUUCCGCAUCAAGAACAAAGAGAGCGGCCUCUUCAUGUCCAUCCAGGGCGGCGUGGAGGAGAUGAAGUCCGGACGAGUGGUGGUGGCGGCAGAGGCGGAGCCAAUGAGCGACAUCUGGUUCUAUCAGGACGGCUUCAUCAAGAGCAAACUGACGGCAACCAUGAGUCUCCAGGUGAUGGGAAACGUUGAGCCGGCAUCCAAGGUGGUUCUGUGGUCAGAGACUCGGCAGCCCAGCCAGAACUGGACGGCCCAGAUGAGCGGUCCGAUCAGGAGCCUCACGUUCCCUGGAAUGGUCCUGGAUGUCAAAGGUGGAAAAUCAUAUGACAAGGAGCACGUGGUGAUCAUGCCAGAGAACGAGGAGAGGCCAAGCCAAGAGUGGGAGUUAGAGUUGCUCUAAAAAUAACGUAUUCUCUUUCACGCAGCGUUCCUACACCGUGCAUCAAUAUUACCUUUGUUUACAUCGGAAACAAAUUCCCUAAAGCGCCUUUAAGGAGAGUGAGAAGCAACUGCUGUUAAAACCCCCGUGAGGUAUUUAUGUCAGUGCCUGUAUUUCUGCUGAAUUUCCGAACUCUUUAAAAGCAGCAGACACAGUUAUUGUUCGUACUUGUCGUGUUGUACUUCCAGUGAAAAGAUGCUGUAUGACACAUUUCCCCCAGGUCAGACAACGAUUAUCUGUGAGAAAGAAUGAGUUGAAGUGCCUUGACCUGCUGUAGUGACUCGCGUCAUCACAUGAGCUGGAAAACCAGGUUGAAUGUAUUUUUUGACCUAAAUUUGACCAUUUUAAGUAUUCGCACUCUUCCACACAUUCCCGACCGUGUUUUUACUGAUAUGAAUUAAUGCUUUUAAUCAUUUUGUUUACAAUGUUAAAAACAAACAAACAAAAAAAAUAUGACUUUUUAAUUUCUUAACUUCUGGAAAUAGUUUUCCUGCUAUUGCUUUAUACAGAUGGGGGUUGAAUAAAGCCAAAGCACUGUGUAACACUACUUUUUAAAGAUAUUUUUAUAUAUUGUAUAUGUAAUGCUGUUCUGUGGGAAAUGUUGAGUAUAUUAUAUAGUAUAUUACAUGCAGUGAAAUGGGUUGUAUAUGUCCCAUUUUGUGUCAAGUUACCCUAUUACUGUGUUGUUGUUGUUUGUUUGUUUGUUUGUUGUCGUUAAAUUGUUACAUAUAAAUCUGCUCAAUGUUAAUAUUUGAUACAGAAGCUUUGUAAUGUUGAAAGUGACGUUCUGGGGAGUGGUUUUGAAAUGUUGAAAACAAAAAUAAACAUUCUUAAAUAAAA